UCGGCGGACCUCCUGCGAAGAUAAAGUCUACAUAAAACUUUUGAUAAACAACAUUACGUAACAACAAUUACGUACUUCAAUUUUUCAAUUUUUUUUUCACUCGCAAAAGUUUCGACAAAAAAAAUGACCAUGAAUGUAGAUGUGGCGAAAUUAAUACAUGAAGUCAGCAAACAUCCAGAGAUUUACAAUCCAGACAAUAUAAACUUUGCUAAUAAAGAAAUAAGAAACAAUAUUUUUAAUACCAUCAUCAAUAAAGAAAUGAAUGGUAUAACAGGCGAAAUUCUACAGAAAAAGUGGGACCAAAUAUUAAACAAGUAUGCUGAUUUCAUUAGAAAACUGAGCAACGAUGAUUCGUCUGAAAAAGUAUUGGAACGAUUCAUGAAAUGGCCAUGGACGAAGCCAAUGCGUAUCUUUAAACCAUAUGUUCGCAAACAAUUCCAAAUACCGAAAUUUCAAACCGGAAUACAGCUAAUACCCGGAAUAAUCACAGACACGCCACACAUCCCGAAUUCGGCUCAACAACCUUUGCAUACGACAUCCAUUAUAGACGGAUCGUCUGACAACGGCACAUCGUCCAGCACCGAAUUCCCAAAUCCACGGUCCGCAAGACAGGAACCUGAGGAGCAGCGUGACGGUCUCGUCGGACAACAACAGACAAAUCGCUGUAUACAUACGUCGAACCACGAAAGACCUUCGAACGGGAACGAAACGCCGGUCACUUCGAGAUUCGCAAACUCACAACUCGCGCACCCGAUACCGGGACCCAGUAUCGAGAUCCCAGAACCGAGUACGAUCGAGAUCGUAGAGAUUCCAAUGUCUAAUUUAGGAUUUAUGGGUCCCGAGUUUAUACGAGCAGUACCAGCGUCACGACUGCCGCAGAUUUUGGAAAACUUAAACAGCCUUGGGACGCCGUUGUCGCCGCGCAGUUCCGCUGACCGGAAUGAUAGUUAUGACCAGCUAGGUAGGAGUAUCACUGCCACUAUGAUUCAAGACAUUCGAAGGAUGAUAACUAUGGGCCGGUUCUCCGACGAAGACAGCAAUACCAGCGACGAUGACGACGACGACGACGACGACGACGACGACGACGAUGAUGAAGACGAUGACGACAAUGGCACGGCCGAUGACGAGAUCGCGACGCGCGAGGAAGCGAUAACGACGGAAGAUGACGGGCCAUCUAGCUCCAAGAAGAGACGUCGACAGGACCAGUCCGACGCCGACGGUGACGGAGGUAAUACAAGCCGCACGGGAGACGAUGGAAAUGACGGUCGUGUAGAUGUUUUACCCGAUCUGCCACAACCCAAGCCGGAGGUUAAGAAAGGACCGUUCGAUUUUACUGCUCAGGAGCACACAUUUCUCGCCUGGGCUAAGACGAUGAGCACAUUUACGGCCAAACGACAAGCGACAAUUAAGAUGCAAAUCAACAAAAUCAUGUCUGAGGCCGAAUUCGAAGAUUUAGACGACGAAUUUUUUGCUGCCAACAGAGAUCCGUAUCGGCCUAUUUACACUUCGCGCUAUUGAAAAAAUCGUUUUAUUUCGGUCAGAAGUUUGCGGAUUCGAUGUAUUUUUACGGAACAUGCUCCAACAACAUUCUAUCAUCGAAGAUCAAAGUUUUCAUUAAUAUAAAAUAUUAUUAUAGAGUUUACGCAUUUAUUAAUCGCAUUUUUACGCAUUUAUCACUUUAUUCAUAUAACAAUUUAUUGGAACAAAAAAAAAUAUAUUUAAAUUUAUAAAAUAAGUAAUUGUGAGUAAAUUAAGUUAAAUUAUGUUUUGAAACCAGUGACACAACUACAAUGUUUCCCUCUAAAACAAAGAGUAAUUUAGCUAUUCAUGUAUCCAACAUCAGUCAACCUAAUUUUAUUUUAUUUUGACAGUUUAAGUGAAUUUAUUAAUUAGAUAUAAAAAAAAAAAAAAGCCAAUCGCUUAUUCGAGAUCCAAUCCAUUAUUGUGAAAAAAAUAAUUAUUUUAACAAAAGUUCCGAAACAGGAACUAAUCCAUAAUCAUU